AUGCGUCUCUCGUUCGCAAGUGCGUAUUGUUUCAUUUCUGACGUUGGAAGGCAACACGUCGUUUCGCAAUUCAACAUCAUCCGCACGAACCUCAUUGACAAUGAGACGACACCACUCCAAGUCGGCAAUGGCAAUUUCGCCUUCAAUGUCGAUAACACAGGCAUGCAGACGUUUUUGCCUUUCAACACCAUGUCAAGUUGGGCGUGGCAUAACGAUUCACUGCCAGCAAACGGCGAACUAAUAUCCGACUACAUUGGGUUGCCGCGCGAUACAUACGGCCGGGAAGUCUUCUAUCCAUUUCCAGACCCCAAACUCAAGGAGGCAACGCAAUGGCUGAUUGGGAAUCCAAAUCGCGUCAACCUUGGCCGUAUUGGGCUACGAUACAAGGGCGCUACGAUCAAACAGUCCUCAAUUACUGAUCCUAACCAAAAAUUGGAUUUGUGGAGUGGGACCAUCACAUCAACGUUCAAGAUUGAUGGGAAGGAAGUUCACGUUGUGACACAGGGUGACUUCGACACUGAUGCUGUCGCUUUUAAAAUUGAUUCCGACCUCGUCAAGAGUGGUGAUUUGCAAGUCGAGAUGGACUUUCCAUACCCGCCGAUUCACUCUACCAAAUACAAGUACGAGGUUUUCGCUGGUGUAUAUGACUUUCCAACAAACCAUACUACUUUGCUCGUUCAGGAUGGAACAAAUAAUACCUCUGCACACAUCCAGCAUACCAUGCAGGAACUGAGCUACUUUACAAAUCUCAGGUGGUCCCACGACAGUCCGUUAGAGCUUUCCAGGAACGAGCCAGCAAACUCAACGGCAAUCACCUCACACAGAUACACCCUCAGCUCGACCUCCAACUCCUCAGCAAUAGAAUUCACCACUGAGUUCUCGCCGGAUGAACGUGUUGCGAGCUUUCCUGCGAAGAUCCAGGAAACGAACUCUAGAGCUUGGAACGAGUACUGGGAACAAGGCGGCUUUGUAGACCUGACUGCUUCUUCUAAUCCCAAUGCAACUGAGCUCCAGCGACGUAUCAUAACGUCUCAGUACCAUGUACGCGUCAACAGUGCAGGCCAAGGACAAAUACCGCAAGAGAGUGGGCUUAUGAAUAACGGGUGGUAUGGCAAGUUCCACAUGGAGAUGGUCAUUUGGCACGCUGCGCAUUUCGCGGUAUGGGGGAGGCAAGAACACUUCGACAACAUCUUCCCAGGAAUCUACGAAAGGCUUCUGCCUUCAUCUCUAGCUCGCGCUAGUGCAAUGGGCUGGAAGGGGGCCAGAUGGCCGAAGAUGACAGAGCUCAACACCGGCUUCAGCUCACCGGGCGCGGUCAAUGCCGUUCUCAUGUGGCAGCAACCCCAUCCGAUGUAUCUCGCCCAAUUGGCAUAUCAAGCCAACCCGACCAGGGAGACACUGCAACGCUGGGACAAAGUUGUGACUGCCACCGCCGAUUACAUGGCAUCCUACCCCGGACUGAAUGCAACAACAGGUAAAUACGACCUAGGACCACCAGCAUACGGCGUAACGGAAAACACUCCUCCCAACUCCACUCGAAACCUAGCUUACGAACUAGCAUACUGGCGCUACGGCCUCGACACGGCCAUAGACUGGAAGCGUAAACUCAACCAGUCCAUUCCCUCAGCGUGGGAACACGUUGCCUCCAACCUCGCCCUUCCCCCUCAGAUCAACGGUCUGUACGCCGUCUACGACGGCCUAAACAGCACCUGGUGGUCGGACCCCGAACUCACCAGUGACCCCCGUAGCCUCAUCAUGCUACAGGGCAUACUACCCGACACGCCGGCCGUGGACCCCGAAGUCGCGCGCCGCACCGCAGACAAAGUGUGGGAGAUCUGGGGUGACGCUCAGAUCCGCGGGUGGGGUCGUCCUGUCCUCGCUAUAAAUAGUGCACGGAUUGGGAAUCCCGAGCGGGCUAUUUAUCAUCUCACUGCGUUUGAUUAUUGGAAGUUUGACGAUGCGGGGUUUGCGAUUCGAGGCGGGGAUGGGGGCACGCCGCCGCCGUUUAUGCCGGGGAAUGCGGGGUUUUUGCUGGCGGUUGCGUAUUGCGUGAUGGGGUGGAAGGGCUUCGAGGGUGAUGCGCCGGGGUUUCCGAAGGAUGGGAGUUGGGACGUUAGGCAUGAGGGACUGGUGAAGAGCUUGUGA